AUGGCGCAAUGUUCCAUAGAAAUCGACAUCCAUGCUCCAAUGAUCGACUAUCCAAACACAGGCAAAGAAUCAAUUACGACAAUGGCAGCAGCUACGCCCCACAGCAAACAGCUUAUACCACCUGAGAUCAUUCUCCGGCUCAUCGAAGUUAUGGUAGAAGCCGACGACGAAAAAUUGAAUCGACCUACAAUAAUCUGCCUUGGUCUUACUGCGCGUUUAUAUUGGGACUUCCUAAAGACACAGUAUCAUAUGCAACAGAGAUCAGCCACGUCAUCAUGUUUUCCGACUUCCUUGGAACAACCAUUUCUUGAUAGAUACGGCAUGAGACGACUCGCGCAGGCGCUGAAGACAUGGAUUGGUUCUGACUAUCGCCAGGUCUCAGAACUGUUUCUCAACGAGACGAUUGGCUGCCAGAUCAUGUUUUUACGCCGCGAGGUCUACGGAGAUGUAUUUGAAGACGGUUCCAUCCACCCUCGUGAAAAGAAAUUAGCAGAGAGACUUCGACAUUGGAAAGAAUUCCCGUUCAAAAGUUGGCCAUCAAAUAUGCCUUUUCAUUCCCCGAUACUCAAGACAUUGUCAAGUCCCUUCGGAAUGGGUAUUCAAUGGUAUCCCACAGCAGCCCGAGAAUUACUCAAUAUAAUCGUCAGCUGUAAGAGAUAUCAACAAAACAAUAUUUUAGUUGUUGGCCGUCAUCCGGAAUACAUUUCGUAUGAGUUUUAUCUUUCGCAUUUUGAUAGUAUAUUGUGGAAAUGGGUACGUAAUAGGGACAAGAAAGAUACAGCAGAGUUGAAGAAGCUUAAGAGGGAAGUGAGACAUUCAGAUCAUAUGUUUGGAAGGCUAUGA